AUGAUACCGGAGAAUGAUACCCACAUCCAUGAGUUCAUCCUCUUGGGAUUCCCUACUAUCACAGAGAUGCAGGCUCUAUUGUUUUUAAUUUUCCUCAUUAUGUACUUGUUGACUGUCCUUGAAAACAUAGUCAUCCUCGCUUUAAUCAGAAGAAAUCACCAACUCCACAAGCCCAUGUACUUUUUUUUAGGCCAUCUGUCUUUCCUAGAGGCCUGGUACAUCUCAGUCACUGUUCCCAAAUUGCUGGUCAACUUUGUGGUGAAGAAUAAGAGCAUCUCCUUCACGGGCUGUAUGGCCCAGCUCUACUUCUUCGUUGCCCUGGUCUGUACUGAAUGUGUCCUCCUGGCUGUCAUGGCUUAUGACCGCUAUGUGGCCAUCUGCAACCCCAUGCACUACCCAGUCAUCAUGAACCACAGCGUCUGCAUACAGCUGGCCAUGGGGUCUUGGCUGAUUGGCUUUCUGAUAUCUAUGAUAAAGGUCCUUUUCAUUUCCCGCCUCUCUUUCUGUGGCCCCAACGUCAUCAAUCACUUCUAUUGUGACAUCAGCCCUUUGCUCAAUCUCUCUUGCACUGAACGGUUAGUUGCAGAGAUGGUGGAUUUUGUCUUUGCCUUGCUUAUUCUGUUGAUCCCUCUCUUUGUCAUCAUAAUUUCUUACGUAUACAUAAUCAGCACCAUUUUGUGCAUUCCCAUGGCCCAGAACAGGAAGAAAGCCUUCUCCACCUGUGCUUCUCACUUGACUGUGGUCAUCAUCUUCUUCUCAGCAACUCUCUUCAUGUAUGCCCGGCCCAGGAGUAUAUACUCCUUGGAUCUGAACAAACUGAUUUCCAUAAUUUAUACUAUAAUCACUCCAAUGCUAAACCCAUUCAUUUACUGCCUGAGGAACCAGGAAGUAAAAGACACUUUGUGGAAGCUCCUUUUCUGC